AAAGUUUGCUUGGGUUCCGGGCGCGUCGCCGCGGCCGCUGGAGAGGAGGUGCUCGGCCACCGUGUUGUCUGCUGCUCCUCCGCGCCCGGCCGGAGCCAGGUACCUGGUGGCCCCGUCGCGUCGCGCUCGGGCCCCGAGGGCAUGCGGCAGCCGCAGGGACCCCGGCUCCCGGGCUCGGCGGCGCGGGCGAGCGUGAGCGGAUGUUCAGUGCCUCUCCACAAUGAAUGAGUGUCACUAUGACAAACGGAUGGACUUUUUUUAUAAUAGGAGCAACAGUGACACUGCUGAUGACUGGACAGGAACAAAGCUUAUGAUUGUUUUGUGUGUUGGAACAUUUUUCUGCCUGUUUAUUUUUUUCUCUAAUUCUCUGGUCAUCGCAGCUGUGAUCAAAAACAGAAAAUUUCAUUUCCCCUUCUACUACCUGCUGGCUAACUUAGCUGCUGCGGAUUUCUUCGCUGGAAUUGCCUAUGUAUUCCUGAUGUUUAACACUGGCCCAGUUUCAAAGACUUUGACUGUCAACCGCUGGUUUCUCCGCCAGGGGCUUCUGGAUGCAAGCUUGACUGCCUCCCUGACCAACUUGCUAGUUAUUGCUGUGGAGAGACACAUGUCAAUCAUGAGGCUGCGGAUCCAUAGCAACCUGACCAAAAAGAGGGUGACACUGCUCAUUCUGUUUGUAUGGGCUAUCGCCAUCUUCAUGGGGGCAGUCCCCACCCUGGGCUGGAAUUGCCUCUGCAACAUCUCUGCCUGCUCCUCCCUGGCCCCCAUUUACAGCAGGAGUUACCUCAUUUUCUGGAGCGCGUCCAAUCUCAUGGCCUUCUUCAUCAUGGUGGCGGUAUACCUGCGGAUCUACAUGUAUGUCAAGAGGAAAACCAACGUCUUGUCUCCACAUACAAGUGGGUCCAUCAGCCGCCGGAGGACACCCAUGAAGCUAAUGAAGACAGUGAUGACUGUCUUAGGAGCAUUCGUGGUGUGCUGGACCCCAGGCCUGGUGGUUCUGCUCCUGGAUGGCCUGAACUGCACACAGUGUGGAGUGCAGCACGUCAAACGCUGGUUCCUGCUGCUGGCACUGCUCAACUCUGUCAUGAACCCCAUCAUCUACUCAUACAAGGAUGAGGAUAUGUAUGGCACCAUGAAGAAGAUGAUCUGUUGCUUCGCUCAGGAGAACAACUCAGAGAGACACCCCUCCCGCAUCCCCUCCACCGUCCUCAGCAGGAGUGACACGGGUAGCCAGUACAUGGAAGAUAGUAUUAGCCAAAGCACGAUCUGCAAUAAGAGCAGAUCCUAGGCUGUGGACACCUCUGCCAUUGCCCACCAGGCCUCCCCUGAGGAAAAGAGCUGUACAAUCAUACCUGUCUCUAACAAAGCCCAUGUACAGUGUUAUCUGAGGUCUGAAUUAAUCACUGCUAGGUUUUAAUUGUGUUUUGUUUUGUUUUAGAUAAUUUUAAAGCAUGGGCAGUAAAGAGAAGACAUUGCAUUUAAUGAAAAUGUCCAGAGAGAGGGGAGCUGGCUCCGUGGAUUUCUAUUUACUGUCCUGUGAACUGCUCAGAGCAUCCGCCAGCUGGUCGGGCAUCCCAGCUCUGCUGCCAUCUUGUAGCCAUUCUUUUUGUGUUUUAAAGAUGUUAUUAAAGGGCUUAGGCCACAAUAAAUAAUAAAUAAUGUUACUUGAGCCAUGUUAUGUAGGUGCUAGGGAAAUCUGUGUAGUUCUUUCUGCAUGCAUUGAAAAUGUUCAGAAAUCCUUCA